CGACGACGUUCAACGAUAAACGCGAAGUGCGAGGAGCAAUAUUAACGCGAUUAUUCAAGCAGGGAUCACUAGAUACCUGCAGCGGAUACCACUGCAAUCUACGGGCCGGUAUAUCCUACGUUGGAGUGCCACAGCUGAGCCCCAACCGGUCCUCGAGAGAGGGAUGGCUCGUUAAACAAGCUUUGCUUCUCGAUGCGCCUGGGAAUACUGGAUUUGUGAUACAGGUCAAAAUAUCACACAAUUUACGGAUGCUACGUCUAUCUAGCUAGGGAAGUGGGAGACAUCAAUACAUAUACCAAUAUAUAUCAUGGCGACCAAGCGAAAGGCGUCUGCCCUCCAGGCCACUGGCGGUGAUGAGCCCGUUGACCCUUCUGAUGAGCUCCUGUUCUACAAUCUGGGAGGUGGAAAUGAGGUCGGGAGGUCGUGUCAUAUCAUCCAAUACAAGGGGAAGACAGUUAUGCUUGAUGCUGGAAUGCACCCAGCCAAAGAAGGUUUCGCUGCCCUCCCCUUCUUCGACGAUUUCGACCUCAGCACUGUCGAUAUUCUUCUUAUAAGCCAUUUCCAUUUGGACCACUCAGCCAGUCUACCGUACGUCCUUAGCAAAACCAAUUUCAAAGGGCGGGUUUUUAUGACCCAUGCUACCAAAGCUAUUUACAAAUGGUUGAUCCAGGACAAUGUCCGGGUCAGCAAUACGUCGUCUUCCUCCGACCAGCGCACAACUCUCUACACCGAACAAGAUCAUCUUUCGACCUUAUCCCAAAUAGAGGCCAUUGAUUUUAACACCACCCAUACGAUCAAUAGCAUUCGCAUUACUCCAUUUCCCGCUGGUCAUGUCCUUGGCGCAGCAAUGUUCCUAAUAUCAAUCGCCGGUCUUAACAUUCUAUUUACGGGUGACUACUCUCGUGAAGAAGACCGCCAUCUUAUAUCCGCGGAAGCACCCAAGGGCAUCAAAAUUGAUGUCCUCAUCACGGAAUCCACAUUCGGUGUAUCUUCCAACCCACCUCGCUUGGAGCGAGAAGCAGCCCUCAUGAAAUCUAUCACCGGAGUUCUGAAUCGAGGAGGACGAGUUCUCAUGCCAGUUUUUGCCCUGGGACGAGCGCAGGAACUCCUAUUAAUUCUCGACGAAUACUGGAGUCGGCAUCCAGAGCUGCAGAAAAUUCCUAUCUACUAUAUCGGAAACAUCGCACGGAGAUGUAUGGUUGUCUAUCAGACAUACAUCGGAGCCAUGAACGAAAAUAUCAAACGUCUCUUCCGCCAGCGAAUGGCGGAGGCUGAAGCUUCCGGAGACAAGAGCGUAAGCGCCGGACCGUGGGAUUUCCGUUUCGUACGCAGUGUAAGGAGCAUUGAGCGCUUCGAUGAUGUUGGCGGCUGCGUCAUGCUUGCGUCUCCUGGUAUGCUGCAAACAGGCACCAGUCGGGAACUUCUAGAGCGGUGGGCACCAAGCGAACGUAACGGUGUUAUCAUGACGGGUUACAGUGUUGAGGGGACCAUGGGCAAACAGAUCCUAAAUGAGCCAGAGCAGAUUCCAGCGGUGAUGAGUGGUAGAAAUGCAGUUGGUCCAGCCAGGAGAAUGGCUGCUGGAGAUGAUGAGCAAAAAGUCAUGAUUCCGAGGCGAUGCACCGUGGACGAAAUCAGUUUUGCGGCCCACGUAGAUGGGAUGGAGAAUCGCGAAUUUAUUGAGGAAGUUGCUGCCCCUGUUGUGAUCCUUGUUCACGGCGAAAAAAACCAAAUGAUGCGCCUGAAAUCAAAAUUACUAAGUUUAAAUGCGGACAAAACCGUCAAGGUCAAAGUAUAUACACCAGCAAACUGCGAGGAAGUCCGAAUACCCUUCCAAGUCGACAAGGUGGCCAAAGUUGUUGGGCGUCUCGCAGAGAGCUCACCACCAUCCGACCAUAACGAGUCGCGAAUUAUGAAUGGGGUUCUUGUACAAAACGGAUUCAAGUUAUCCCUGAUGGCGCCGGAAGAUCUUAGAGAGUAUGCAGGGCUUGCUACCACGACCAUCACUUGUAAGCAGCUUAUUACGCUCAGCACAGCGAGUAUUGACUUGAUCCGAUGGGCGCUGGAGGGGACUUUUGGGUCUAUUGAGGAAAUCCGUCCCCAGCGCCAUAAGACUGAGGACGUAAAGACGAACGGUUUUGAAGAGGAGAGUGGGCUUGUGAAGAAAGAAGAGGAGGAAGAGGAAGCUGAUGAGGAGAUUCCGACAGAUGAAUCACUAGCAUAUCUGGUGAUGGGCUGCGUGACUAUCCGCUACACCCCACGGACGCGAGAGGUGGCGGUCGAGUGGGAAGGGAAUAUGAUGAACGAUGGGAUUGCCGAUGCGGUGAUGGCCGUGCUGCUGACAGUGGAGACAAGCCCAGCUUCUGUAAAACGCUCAAGCAAACAGCACCAGCAUCUACAUUCGCACGCCCCGCCCCUCAACUUACCAAACCCACAUUCCAACCUAACCGCAGAAGAACGCCUCGCGCGCCUCUGCAUGCUACUCGAAGCGCAAUUCGGCCCCAACAUUGCCCCGAUAGAAAAGCCAAAGAUAAAACACACCUCCUUUGCCCCCACCACUACCACCACUCCUCUUAAACACAACGGCACAUCAACAUCAGCAUCUACACUCCUAAAACCAGACACAGACACCACCAGCGCCGUCUCCACCCCGGCAGCCUCGGGCGGGACAAACGCCCCCGCCCCCUCCCCUUCUCCCUCCCCGGCCCCGGCCCCGGCCCCAACAACAACAGCACCCGAAGACGACCUCACGCCAGAAGACGUGCACGAGCUUGAAUGCGCCGAGCUCGAGCGGCUGCACAGCCUUGGCAUUCCGGUGCCGGGCCUGGAGAUCCGGGUCGACAAGCAUGUGGCGCGGGUGUGGCUGGAGACGCUGGAGGUGGAGUGCGGGUAUGCGGUGUUGAGGAUAAGUGGCGUUGAUGAUGCAUUUGUUGGUAUAAUGCUAUAG